CUUCAUGAUUGGAAGUAGUAGGAGGUGGACUAGUAGUACGAAGAUCAGAGAAGGGGGAGUACUAGUAAAUAAGUAAAGAGGGAACGCAAGAGCGAGUUCAGUCUAAAGAACAAUUAGGCCGGUUCUAACCUGCUGCUAGAGGCAUACAAAUUUUCGGCUAAAAUCCCUUCCACAAUGAUCGUGAACUAUUAAAUCAUCGUACGUCACGCUACAGAAUAAUGAAACGUGUCUUCUGUCACGACAGUAAUCACCAAACUUCGCAGACAACCGUAUAAUAAAGAAAAAAAAUAUAUAAAGACAAUCUUAUAAAACGGUACUUAAAAUGGGUGGUAUAAUCGGAUUGUUAUUAUUGACUUUUCUGUGUUCAAGUGUCAAAACAGUGCGAGGCGAGUGCAGGCAAGUGAAAAACGACGAUCUGAUCGAAUAUUCAUGCGUAAACGGACAACUGUCCGACCUGGACAGCCUUCCGGCGUCGACGGGGAAAAUUAGAAUCUCAAACAUGCCAAUCUAUCGGAUAACAAAGGAUACAUUUUCAAAAUUCGGUUCCGAUCUCUGGGUCCUCGGCUGCUCUCACUGCGCAAUAAGAGAUAUUGAACCGGGCGCUUUCCAACAUCUAGACAACCUUCAACAACUAAGCUUAGACAACAAUUACCUGCCCAGCAUCAAGGAAUCCUGGUUUAGGGGUCUGAAUUAUUUAACGUACUUGGACCUAAAUUACAACAACAUACAAACCAUCGAAGACGGCGUGUUCAGAACCCUGCCAAGCCUGGUCGAUCUAAGGCUUUCCGGUAACCGUCUAGAGUGUCUGAACCUACGAGACAUGUCUAAUCUGAAAGAGCUCAAGAGAAUCUUCUUAACCGAGAACUCAGAAUUCAAGUGUCCCAAUGCGGUGAGCGCGUAUCUGACGAGUCACGGAGUGAGCUUCGAGAAAGAUACUGAGUGGAGCAAGAUUCCCGAGGACGAGGUCUAUCAGAAUGGUUACUCAGACGAUUAUGACGACUACUACGACACUACCACUACUACAGUUAUGCCUACAUUCCGCGAAAGACUACAUCUAACAACGACAACGACAGCACCACCAGAAACUACCCCACCGUACCUACCACCAAGGUUCCAGACGACCGAAGACGUUAUUUAUCAUCCAGACCCGAGAGUUAUACACUGGAGAACAACACCGAAGCCAACAACAACGCCAGAACCAGCAACAACACCAAAGCCACCAAUGACAACCCCCCGCGCGGAAGAGACAUACUACAGGGAAGUGUUACCCUACGAAGAAGAGACAUUCUACAAGGAAGAGUCACCCUACGAGGAACAGGACAUCAGACCUUAUACUCCACCUAGGACCAUCGCUCCCCUGGAAUCAGACAGGAAUUCCCAGAUGACAGACGGCACGCAGCUGAGCGUUGACGAGGCGACCUUGAGAUCUUGGCCCAUACUCCCUGAACCAACUAAUGUCAGGCCUGAAUACUCGCCUAACCCACCCUACGGGAAUGAGAACAGACAUAACGAAGGUUCAUCUGAUUCGGGCGAACCUCCAUUACCGUUGGCAGCUGGCCCAGUUGACGGUCAUGAAACACCAUCUUUCGUGGAAUCUAAUGUGGGGCGCACCACCGAAUCGCAGACAAGUAAUCAGCAGCAGAUGUACCUGCCCGUUAACAGUGGGGGUUAUCCAGUUAUCACCAAUUCCCCAAGUAUCUUGGAGCCGAUGCAAUCACGGGGUCCCGACGCGCGACCUCCAGUAAUACAUAAUAAUCCAGUAAUAAUUCAACCGCCCUCGCCGGAUAACAGUUAUCAGACGCCCUAUUACGAGUACCCCGUGACCGUGCACCCGCCGCCACCUGUCUACUAUCCUGUAGCUCACAUGGACGGAACAAUGACGACCACCGACAAACCGUUACCUGAUUGUCCGAGCUCGUCGUCGCCGAUACAGCGAUCCGUUGAAUUGAUCGUUCUCUCGAUUCUGAUGGUAUUCGUCAGGAAUGCCUUUGUGGAGGGAUUUUAGCUAAAAAUUGUAACCGAUGUUAAGUAGUAAUUUUUGUAACCGAGAAUGAAUCGCCAGCGUGAACCUGUGCGGGCAUUUACGUUCGUCAUCUGUCGUUUUAAUGUUAUUCAUGGGACAUUGAGGACGAUCUCUAUUAAACGAUUAAUCAUAAGGAUUGGACUCGGUAAUUGGUGUGCAGCUGGAUUCUGCGUUUUCUCUUCGGACGGAACCAAUCUACGAUCAAUGGGGGAUUGGUUCUAAUGGAUACCGUAGAGCCUGCAGUGAUGAUAGUUGGGCAAAGGAAGCAAAAGAAGCCGAACGUCUAGAAAAAAUGCUGAAGAUUGAAAACGAAGAAAACGCAGCUGCAAACAACUUAGCGCUGGCGAUUCAGAGUCGCAACGAGGCUCGAGCGAGUCAAUCCGACAAAUUCUUCGACGCACU